AUGAGUGAAGCCAAUAUGGUAGUCGCGGCUGGACGCCGAGUCGACCUGGACAAAGCUACCGGCAAGUUAGAUGCAUCAGGAGGUGGCUCUGAUAACUUGCCAGGGUACGAACCAUCCUUCCUUUUAGCGCUGCAGCCGGCCUUGGAAGAUCUGGCAAAGCACGGUAUCAAGCUGGCGGUUAAUGCGGGUAAUGCGGACACCCAGGGGCUCUACGAGGUGGUAACUGAUAUGAUUCGUGCCAAAGGGCUGGAUCUAAAGGUGGCUUGGGUGUCCGGUGACGAAGUCCUAUCCACAAUAAAAAGAGCACUGGCAUCCGGAAAGUCGUCCUUCAAGAAUAUCUACACCAACGAAGUGCUGUCAGACUGGUCAUUCGAGCCCAUCUUUGCGCAAUGCUACCUUGGAGGUUUGGGAAUCGCAGCUGCCCUUGCUGAAGGAGCCGACAUCGUGCUCUGUGGCCGAGUGUCUGAUGCAUCUCCGGUUAUUGGAGCGGCUUAUUGGUGGCACAAAUGGCAGAGACACGACCUUGAUCAGCUCGCAAAUGCCUUCGUUGCCGGCCAUCUCAUUGAAUGCAGCAACUAUGUUUGUGGGGGCAAUUUCACGGGUUUCAAGGAUCUAGAGCACAUUGGCAAGGACGGCUGGUCGAACAUUGGCUAUCCUAUUGCCGAGAUAUCAGCAGAAGGAAAGGUUGUCAUUACUAUGCAGUCAUAUGCCACCGGAGGCGCUGUUACGGUGGACACCUGCACAUCUCAGCUCUUAUACGAGAUUCAGGGCCCAUGGUAUUUCAAUUCCGACGUUACAGCUAUCCUAACAGAUAUCCGCUUCGAACAAAUCGGCACCAACCGCGUGACCCUCCACGGCGUCCGCUCCGCUCCACCUCCUCCAACCACCAAAGUCGGCAUCACUGCUCGCGGAGGCUUCCAAGCAGAGGCAUCCUGGUUCCUCGUUGGUCUUGACAUCGACGCCAAAGCCCGCAUGCUAGAAGCCCAAAUUAGACGCCUCUUGCUACCCUACAGCUCCAAUUACACAUCCCUUAAAUUCUCCACCCUCGGCACCUCUCCUGACAACCCAGAAAACCAAGACAGCGCCACCGUCACCUUCCGGGUCAUAGCACAAGCACGCAAUGCCGAGGACAUAGCCCCCAAUGCCUUCCUCCGGCACAUCACCGACAACAUCAUGCAGGGCUACCCAGGCGCAACCUUCCACCUAGAUCUCCGGCAGGGCUUCCCAAAACCCAUCUUUGAGUACUACGUCACACUCCUCCCUCAAGAGGACAUUGAGCACCGCGUCCACCUUCCCUUCAAAGAAGACAAGGUCCUCACCAUCCCGCCUCCGCCUGAAACAAGAGCCUACCCGGACCGCCAACCAUGCGAAUCCAUAACCCCAACAGCCAGAUCCAUCCCGCCCCUUUCUUUGCAUUUGGCCCCACCAUCCGCGGCCCACUCGGCUGCCUUGUCCACGCCCGCUCAGGCGACAAAGGGCCCGAUGCAAAUUGCGGUUUCUGGGUGCGGCACAGCGACGAAUACACGUGGCUCUGCCGGCUGCUCUCCCUCGAAAACAUCGUCGAUCUCCUCGGCGACGAGUUCGCAAAACCGGACCCCAGCCGAAAUUUGUCCAUUGAGCGCUUUCAGCUGGAAAAUCUCCGCGCAGUGCACUUUCUCUUCCGCAAUCUAUUGGAUCGCGGGGUCUCGAGUACGACAACGGUGGACUUUUUGGGGAAGAACGUUGCGGAGUAUCUUAGGGCUAGGUGGGUGGAUCUUCCUGUGA